GAAUGGACGAAAGAUAUUUUGUCACAUGCAUUAAAGUUGAAGAUAAAUUGAGGAAGAUUUUGAGUUGAGUUGAGUCAAGAGUGGAGGCCAAUUAAUUUAGCAGUGGAAAAUGUGCACACUUGAGAAGCGAGGCAAUUUCUUCAUCCUAACUCUGACCGGCGACGACGAUCACCGCCUCGGUCCAUCCUUAAUCAACUCCAUUCUUAAAGCCCUUUCACAGGUUAAGGCACAAGCCACCCCUGGUUCAGUUCUCAUCACAACUUCCCAUGGCAAAUUCUUCUCAAACGGCUUCGAUCUCCCCUGGGCUCUUGCCGCCGGCUCCAUUUCUGGUGCCCGUGACCGCUUAAACCACAUAAUCCAGAUCUUCAAGCCCCUCGUAGCCCAACUCCUUUCCCUUCCUAUGCCAACCAUUGCUGCCAUCGCAGGACACGCCGCUGCCGCUGGUUUUGCAUUGGCGCUCAGCCACGACUAUUUGAUUAUGAGGAGCGAUCGGGGCGUACUAUACAUGCGUGAGUUGGAUCUGGGUCUUACACUGCCGGACUACUUCACGGCACUGUUUAUGUCCAAGAUGGGCUCCAGUUUGGCUAUGCGCGACCUGAUUCUGAGGGGGAUGAAAGUGAGAGGUGAAGCGGCGGUCAGAAUUGGCGUUGUGGAAUCGACGCACCAUGGCGAGGACGGCGUCGCCAACGCUGCAGUGCAGCUUGGGGAGCAGCUGGCGGCAAGAAAGUGGGACGGAGAAGUGUAUGCUGAGAUCAGGAAGAGUUUGUAUCCUGAGGUGUCUGAGGUGCUUGGGUUACGGGGGAAGGCCAUAUCCAUUUCUAAACUAUGAAUAUAAUUGAAAGUAAA